AUGGCUGAUUCUAAACUUAAGAAAUCUUCUAUGUUUAGAGUAUGUUCGAAGAGUGAAUGUAAGCCCCUGCUCCUAGCUUUGAACCCGAAGAUUCGUGUUCGGAGAACGCAGUACGUAAGGAGUAACGAGAGCAAAGUAGGCUCUUAUAAAGGUAAGAGUGAAAGUGAAAGUGAUAAGUGCAGUGUCCCUAGUGCAGUGGAGGAUCCUGUUGCUCGCUCCCAGUCUGCCUUGGAUAGAGCCAAUAAAGAAGUGUUGAAACAGUGCUUCUCGUCUUCUUCGUCUCCUUCUCCUAACAGCGUAGAUGGAGCCGCAUCGAAGAACCAGAGAUCGAGCGUAAGAGAGCCAGGAGAGCUCAAGGAUCCUCUUCUCCUUUCUACACUCGGGCUUCUACUCCUACCUACCGAAGAUUCAAGAGAUCGCCAGCAGUGCAUCUUGGCUGGCCUACAGGCGCAGAUUUCUGCUUUAGCCAACUCUUUAACGGGGAGUUCUCAUCGUCGGAAGGACAUCUCCCUACCGGUGAAGAAGUCAAAGAAGGAUUCUGCGGAUUUUUCGCCUAAUGCAGGAAAAGUGCAAGAGCCUCGCAGCAGAGCCUCUUUCAUUAAAGAGAGACUCAGUCGCUCUCCAAGUAGGCGCUCCCCUCACGCAAGUAGACGUAAGGAUCUUGACAGGCGCUCUUCUCCUGAACUCCGCUCCCCUAGUUUUAGGGAGGAUAGGCAUCGCUCUCCGAAGACUCGCUCUUCUUCUUGUAAACGUCAAGAGUUUGACAAGAAUAAGGAGUCUCGUUCUGUCCAGGAUCGCAGUAGGCGCUCUUCACCUGGAUGCCGCUCUCCUCUGCAUAAGCGCACGGAGACUAGUAGGCACUUUUCUCCGGAUUUUGUUUCUUCGCCUGAGAUUCGUUCGCCUUCUGCCAAAAUCAGAGAAGAUAGUAGGCGCAAGGAGCCUAGCAAGAGACAGACUAGAUUAUCGCCUUCUUGCGAGCGCACUCGUUCAGACAGGCACUCAGUACCUCGCAAACGCUUUGCAUCUGACAGACGUUCUUCUUCGGAAGACUUUUCGCUUUGUGACAGGCGCCAAGAGCCUGACAAGCGAGUUGGAUUGGACAAGCGCCAAGGGCCUGACAAGCGCUUAGAACUUGAUAGGCGCCUAGAGCCUAGCAGGCGUAAGUUUCCUGAUAGGCGCUCUCCUCAUAUUAGGAGCCCUUCAGUUGUCUCUGACAAGGAUUUGGACAGACGCGCCUCCUCUAGCAGGCGCUCUUUUAGUAGGGGCUCUCCCAGUAGGCGCUCUCCCUACAGGCGCGCUCCCAGUAGGCGCUCUCCCAGCAGGCGCUCUCCCGGCAGGCGCUCUCCCAGCAGGCGCUCUCCCAACAGGCGCUCCCCUCCCAGCAGGGCCGCUCCAUUCCCAGUAGGAGUUCUCCUGGCAGCCGAUCGUCCAAACGUCUUUCGUUCGGAAGAAGGAACUGGUGCUUCUGUGGAAGAUCUUCCGAAGGAUUCUUCAGGUUCCUGUUACAAGAGAUUGACUGAACUCCUCUUGCAAGAAUUUGGAGAGUCUCUUUCGGCGGUUGCACCUCCUUCUCCCCCUUCAUUGUUUUCUACAGCUAAAACUUCGAAGACGUCGUCGGUGGUGAAAAUGAAACCUACGGUGUCAAUGAAGAAAGCGCUCAAGAGCUUCGAAGAUUGGUUGGUCUCCAAGGAGGAGAAGGGGAAGACAGUUUUUUUCCUUCCCACCUUCCAAACUUACGGAAAGAUGGGAUUCUGGUACGAGUCGGGGGAACCUUUGGGUUUGACUCUUCCAGCUUCUGCAGACUCGGACUUCUCUUCGUUGGUGGAUUCCGCGCGGCGUUCUGCGCUUAAUUCAGUUAAGACGACGUGGGGAAUGAGCGAACUCGACCCCACCUUCUGA